AGCGCCGCCGCCGCCGAGCGCAGGCACCGGGACGGGACCGCCCGCUCCAGGCCCGCCGGCCCCGCCGCCAUCCGGGACGCGGCUCCUCAGGGGCAAGGUGGGGACAAUCCAAUCGUGUCACUGCUGGGCUGAUGUCAGGACCAGGACUCACCUGCAUGCAAAGGUUUCUAAGCCCCUGCUGGUACUAUGUGGGCAAGCUGCUGUAACUGGUUCUGUGUGGAUGGCUCCCCUGAGGAGAUGCAGCUGCCGCCGGCAGCCCGAGCCCAGGCCUACUCCAACCCUGGCUACAGCUCCUUCCCCUCUCCCACUGCCUCUGAGCAGAGCUGCAAAGCCUGUGGGAUGCACUUCGACAGCUCCUCCAGCAAGCACAUCUGCUUGGACUGUAAGAAGAACUUUUGCACGUCCUGCUCAAACCAGCCCGAGGGUGGGCCCCUGCUCUGCCACCUCUGCCAGCGCUUCCGAGCCACGGCUUUUCAGCGGGAGGAGCUGAUCAAGAUGAAGGUGAAGGAUCUGCGAGAUUAUUUGGCCCUCCAUGAGAUUUCCACAGAGUUCUGUCGUGAAAAGGAGGACCUGGUAUUCCUGAUUCUUGGCCAGCAGCCUGCAAUUACCCAGGAAGAUCAGAUAAGAACAAACACAUUUAAUACCAGUGCCCGCGAACAGCAAGACUUUGUGAGUCACCCCCCAGCCAGCCUGGCCUCUCCUACCUCACAUGAUGAGUCCUCAGUGUCUGCAGAUCCCAUCUCGAGUUCAGAAGCUCAGGAACACCAACAGGCCAAUGGUCAUGUGCCUCCGAGCCCAGCCUGUGGAACAGCAGCUGAGAAUGCAGCAGAAGAAGCAGCAGCAGAUGAUGAGAUACAGUCCAGUGACUCCGAGGAUAACCUGGUGCUGGGCAGGAAGGCCUCCCUGUCUGACCUGACCAGCGUCGGGGACAUCAACGCGCUCUCGGUGCGGCAGCUGAAGGAAAUCCUCGCCCGCAACUUCGUCAACUACAAAGGCUGCUGUGAGAAGUGGGAGCUGCUGGAGAGGGUCACUCGCCUCUACAGAGAGAAGGACCUUCAGCAUCUAGUUUUGGACACUGACGAUCAAACUGGCGGUGCUGGGCCCCCCAGCACCGAGGACAACCUGUGCAGGAUCUGCAUGGACGCUGCCAUCGACUGCGUGCUGCUGGAGUGCGGGCACAUGGUGACGUGCACCAAGUGCGGGAAGCGCAUGAGCGAGUGCCCCAUCUGCCGGCAGUACGUGAUCCGCGCCGUGCACGUCUUCAGGACUUAGGGGCGGCUCUGGGCUCAGGGCUGCCGUGCCUUAAAGCCUCAGUGCUCUUAGGGAAAGGGCCAACAUCCCUGCCGACAGCUACCUUGGAGAUUAGCGUGGACCCUGCUGCAAGAGAGGGAAGGAGGAAGCCUGGGGAAAGUGCUCUGCUCAAGCCAUGCCCGACUCUGCUCAUCCCACCAUCGUGCUUUACACCACAGUGCCUGGACUCCUCGGAGCUCAUUGCCAGCAAUCAUUAACCACCUCCAUCCUAGGAUAAUUUGAGGACAGAUGGAUGCCCAGCUUUCCACCAGGGAGAUCAGCUCCAGAGGCUUUGUAUUUUCCUCUGAAUAAUAAAAGUGAACUGGGGUCUCAAAAAGUGUCCUUUGUUUUGCUGCUCAGGCUCUGCCCAGCAACAACUUGAUUUGCAAAGGUUAAAAUGUCACUGUACUUGUUAAUUUUAUUUUUAUUUUUAAUUUAAUGUUAAAUUGUUAUGCUUGCAGGACAGGCACACCAUCCCUGCUUUCCCUAAUUCCAGCCUAGUGCAAUUGUGGAAAAAUGUGUAAUUUUAUAUCAAGGUUGUCUUUGUAUUAUUGAAAACUGUCAGGGAGGGAGGCUGGGAAGGCUCAGCCUUGCCCUGUGUGCUGGGUUUUUGUUUCUGUGCCAGAGGGAGGUUUCUGGUUUGAUUUUGUGACUUUGAUUUCACAGCACGUGCCAGAGGUGGGGCUCAAACCGAACUGCCCCCACCUGCUGAGGGAGCUACAAAUCCAAGGCUUGAGUCUUCCCCAGGGUUUGGUGAGGAAACCACACAGCUGCAGAGUAGUGAGGACUCCACUGCUACACAAUCAUAUUUAAGUACAGGUGACUUUUUCUUUUUUUAGAAGGGAAUCAUGGAAGAAAGCCUUUGUCUCCCUUGGAUCCAUGAGCAAUCUCCACUGCAGAUCAGCUUCCCCAUCCUCCCCAGGGCUCAGUUGGACAGGUCUGUUACCUUCCACUGCUUACAAAAGCAGUUCUGUCCUUUCUGCUGGCGAGGGUGGAGAGAGAGGCUGUGGCCUGAUCCCUGACAGCUCCUGGGCUGUGUUCAGCUGGAAGAGAGGUGCUGAGGAGUCUGGCAAUUCCUGCUGCAGGUGACUGUAACUGGUGUGUUUUCCCCUCAGUGGCCUGCAGCCACCCAGGGCUCCAGUGCUGCCCUCAGCAUCUCUCAGCAUGGAUGGCACUGUGCCUGAGCCCCUGUGCAGAGCUGUCCUGGCUGCUCUGGGCCAGGGGCUGGCUCUGUGUUCCAGCCUGGCUGCCAGCAGAGAACAGCACAGUCCCAGGGGGGCUCUGCAGUGACUCCCCUCAGCUCCUGGGGCACUGAAGUGCAGCUGCAGGGACACACCAGAGCUCCUGGGCAGGGAUGGCAGCAGCACAGUCACCUGUGUGCUCUGCACAGGGACACUUCCAGCAGCAGCAGCAGCUCUGAGUGCAGGGUCUUUGCUCUGGGAGCUGCAGCCAAAGCAGCAUCUGGGAUGAGACAUCCAUGGCUCAGAAGGCAGCAGCAGAGAGCCAGGGAUGUCUCACUGAGGGGCUCUCAGAACUGCAGCAGCUGCUGCAUUGACUGACCUCAGCAUUCUGAGCCCUACCUCUGUCCCAGGUCAGGCUGUUCUUUAAUCUUUGACAUAAGGUUUAACAGAUCCAGCAGGAGAACAAAGUGAACAAGUCAGUGCAUCCUGCCAGAGAAAAGGGCAGGCAAGGAGUGACUCUGUUUGCUCUGCAGAGAGCACAGGGAGCUCCAAGAGCUGCAGGAAUACAGAAUGUGCUGAACAGCCUCAUUUAGGAAAUCCACUGUGAAAAUUCGUGUUGUCAUAUUUUUCAAUAAACUCAGGGCUGGGGGAAUUUAGCAGGAAGAAGAUGAUUCCCCUAUGGAUAGAUGUACUUUUCCUUGUACAGGGUAGGCUUAUUGUCUACAGCAGUUAAAUCAAGCUGCAGAUCAAUGCCUGAAAUUUUAGGGAUGAGAAGAUCCACCCACCCUGUGACUCCAAAAUGUGCUUUGUGAAGGGAGGACUCUUCUUGUUUCCCUUGUAAAAAUGGAUUCUCUACUUACGGAUAUGAGUGAGUUGUUUUUGAAGGAAAAUCAAAACCUGGAGGAAACUGAUUAAUGAUCCAAAGGAAUAUAAUGUCUAAACUAAUAAAGUAAAUGGAAAUAUUUAUGUGCUUUAUGUACACUGUACAUUGUUUAAAGAUUUUAAAACUUAAUAUUCUACUUGAAAGGGCAUGUUAUUCACUAUUAAAUCCUCUGGUACUAUGACAGUUCGACUUACUAGUUUUGGUACAGAAG